UGUCAACACGCGCGCAUGCGUUGCUGGAUUCCGGGAAUUUGUGUCAGAUAAUUAUUUUCCGGGAAUUUCUUGCGUUGAAAAGCUAAAAUGCCAGGAAGGAAGUGGGUCCGAAGCAAGUACUCGGUACACUUGCCCAGGCGCGAGUUCGUCGAAAUAGUUCCCCAAAUGGGCGGCACCGGCGCAGGAGAAAAUGGAUCAUCCGCCGGGUCAGGUCCUCGGAUGACCGUGAACACUCUUUCAGCCAUUUCGCAGCUUCCCUGCAGCACUGAAAAUGAGGCGCAUGAGGAGACAAAGGAGGUUUGCCGUAAUAUAAAUGAGACUGUGAAGGAUGCUCCAAAUACAAGCUCGGAUAAUGCUUCACAGUGGAACCAGCGCCCAUUAUCUUUCAGCGAAGAUCAAAACAAGGAGAAUAAUGAUCUUAUAAGUAACCAGAGCCACCAAAAUGCUGGGAAUACACCUAAGUCCAAUACUGUCCCCAAGUGGGACAAACAUAGCUCAGGAUGCAUUAUCAUAUCCAGCGAUGACGACGAGUUGGCUGGUCAGAAAGCCGUUAGAAAGAGCCACAGGCUGACUACAACAAAAAGGAGUCAUUUGUCUAUUGAGGAACAUCCAAAGGAAGAUCCAAUAUUUCCCAAACUUGAUAAAAACGAUACCAAAGUGGGGGAGAAGCUCAGACUGACUGGCAGUAAUAUACCGCCCAUUGAGUAUUCGAUGCAGUCCGACGACUUUGUUUUCCAUCAGAACCUGGAUAAUACGAUUGCAGUAAAGACAGUGAUGCCAAAGUUUCUUUCCAACCUGCAGUCCUCCUUAGUUUGCCAGCCGUCGUCUAGUAAGGAUAAUUCGAACGAGUAUCCAAUGUGGGUUCUUCUGCCGCCCGAAUGCAUUGCUCCGAUGGGCGGGAAUGACGAUGCAAGGAGUCUUAUGCCCGAAUUGCUGCUGCUUCCUUCAACUUCCCAAGCGGCGAAAAAGGAGCCUAUGGAAGAGGACUUUUCAACCUGCAGCAAGAAUGUUCCCAAAGGAAUGUGUAGCUCUAGCAGCCAACACAAUCUGGCAAAUAAAAAUACUGUGGCAGGGAAAAAGGAGGUCAAAAGGGGUCGUCAAAAAACCGUUUGGCACAAGGACAACCUCUGCGAGUGCGCUUUGCGGGAAAUGCAGAACCCAAAACCCUCAAAGGUCGACGUGGAAAACUGGCGGAGCAUCGAGGCGAUCUGCAUGCGCCUAAGGGGCAUCGAUGUGCCGGGUAAAAUUGGUUUACUGGAGGAAACCCCAUCGUUUGAGGACAUUUUCGAUGUUUUAAGUAUUAAAGAGGAGGAUCCCAAAGCGAUUAGUCCCCCUUAG